UUGGACUGGUCGGCUUUUCGAAGAAAGAGUGAUUAAGCGUUUAAAUUAUGCUAUUGUUGCACGUAAUGGGGUGGCAAGGGGUCUGCGUAUAAUUGUUAAUGAUAAUAUUAAGCCAUGUCCUGCGCUUGUUACUGAUGGUAAAAUUAUUUUAGUUUUCUUAUUCUAAUUUUUAGUCAAAACUUGUGCAUUCUUUGCGAAAGGAAAUUUGGGGGAUAUUGUAAGAUGAAUGUUUCAAUCUGCCAUGAAUCGUCGUAGAAACCCUUUUCGUCCAAAUAACCGUAAAAUGAUGGAAGGAUUUUGGUUAGAUUUCAGUCAGCUUUUUAAAGGAGUUAGUGCUUAUACGACUUGUGCGCCUUCACGGGUGAUUGUUAAUGUCUUCGUGGAGAUCAAGACGAGUGAUUGUUAUUGA